AUGAGUUUCCUCUAUAGUAUAUUUAGUUGGCUGUAUAAUACAUUUGUUAGCUAUUUACCUUUUAAAUUCGCUGCAAAUCCAAGUGAAACUGUGGUAAGAGAACAAAUACAACAACAAGCCAUUGCUCAAAAUAAUCAGUCAUUACAGGAUUUAAUUGUGGAUAUUAUAUCACAUCUACCUUCAGUAGAAGAAAUACUUACUCAACAUAAUGAAACCGUAAACGAAGAACAUAUUACAACCAGCAUUCAUGAAUUGAUUCCACAAUUAUUUGACAAAUCAUUCAAAGAAGCUAUUGAUUUCUGUAAAAAUAAUGAUCAAAUUCUACUUGUAUAUUUACAUUCACCUGGACAUGACGAUAGUUAUGAUUUUAUUCAAAACAUAUUUUGUAAAAAGGAAUUUAUUGAAUUUUUAAAUACUAACUUUGUAGUUUUUUCAAGUUCAAUCAGAUCCAGUGAAGGAUAUAGUAUUUCUAAUCAAUUACAAGCAACAUCUUAUCCUUUCUUGGCUGUUUUAUUGGGAAAUCAAGUACAUUGGAGAAUGGAUGGUUUGACUGAAUUGAAAAAUUUAACAGAAAUGUCAAAUGGUCAAACUCAUGUAAUUGAUAAUUUAAUGACUCAAUUAAUUGAAGUGCAUGAACGUUUGGAUUCUCAAUUGGUAAUUCAAAGACAAGAAAAACUUCAAAGAGAAUAUGAAAGAAGGGCAAGAGAAGAACAAGACAGAGCAUACGAGGAAUCCUUAAGAAUUGACAGAGAAAAGGAAGAAAAGAGAUUAGCAGUGGAGAGAGAAAGGCAAGCCAAGGUUGAUGCUUUUAUGAAAAAAUUAAGAAUCAAUGAAUCGACACGUAAUGACAUUAGAAAUGAAAUUGUAUUUUACAACAAUGAAGCAGAAUAUAAGAAUAUCAAAUUGAAAUUACCAAAUGGAACAGAAGUGCAAAGAAAAUUCUCUUUGGAUUUGUCAUUUGGUGAUCUUCACAGAUUUAUCCAUGCUUACCCUUCAACUGAAUGGCAACCAUCCAGAUAUAGCAAUGUUGAAACCGACUAUGAAUUAACCUUAAACUCAUUCCCUAAGAGACCUAUUCCAUUUGAUGAUUCUCAAACAUUGUCUUCAAUUGAAGGAAGAGCCCUCUUUAUUUUUGUCAGAGAAGCUGAACACGAUGAGGAUGAACAAUUUGCUGCCGAACAUUCCUUGUAA